GAUUAUCCACCAAGUAGGGCAAGUGGCUAAGGCUAAGGACUGCAAUUCCAUCCAGCCUAGUUCAUUUCAGUCAUCCGCUCUGAGCACACACACUCAGACACAUACGUACACAGGAGCAAGGGGAGCACAUUUCUGCGCAAGCUCUUCCCCACAAUAGUCCUACUACCAAUAAUAAUAAUAAUAAGAAUAAAAAGCCUUCAGUGAAAGGAAAAGGGGGUAAAAUGGUAAAGUACAUUCGACAGCAUAGCAGCGAGCUGAGAAGCGAAGAGGUCCUGUCGGAGUCUGACGCGUCCAACAAGGAGCAGCAGGAGAGAUUCGGAGAGAUGUCCGGCUGUUCUUUCAGCGACGCUUUCUACUCCAAAUGUUCCGCAAUGGACCAGAUCGGGACUUUCAUGCGGAACGUGCAAGUGCUGCUGGAGGCGGCCAGUUACAUUGAAAGCGCUGAGAAGAGCAACGGAAAAUGUGAGCAUGGUUAUGCUUCAGCAUACCCUGAAGCACAGAUUGAACAUCAACAAAAACAUCGCAAAUUCAAGAACAGGAAAGUGGACAAUAUGCACAACAGAUCAGCACAUAAUGAGCUGGAAAAGAACAGGCGAGCACAUCUCCGCCUGUGUUUGGAGAGGUUGAAGUCACUCAUCCCUCUGGGACCAGACUGCAGCCGGCACACCACACUGGGACUGCUCAACAAGGCCAAAGCACACAUCAAGAAACUUGAAGAGGUAGACCGAAGGAGUCAGCACCAACUGGAGACCUUAGAAAGGGAGCAGAGGCACCUACAGAGGCAGCUGGCUCUGCUGCAGUCUCAUGGAGAAAGAGAGAGGGUCCGCACAGACAGCCUUGGCUCCCGCAUGGACUCUGACCGCUCGGAGUCUGACAGAGAGGAAAUUGAAGUGGACGUGGAAAGCACUGAGUUCUCCCAUGGAGAAAUGGACAGUGUUAGCGCCAGUGGUGCAAGCGACCUGGAUGACCACAGCAGCCGGCAGAGCUCAGCCAGUGACGAGGGCUACUCCACCUGCAGUCUGAAACUUGCCUUCUCUGCUUAAACCACCAGCCUAUACCUACACUGAAGCUGCAAUCUUUUUCUCCCUUCAAAGUACCAGCCUAGAGCUCCGUUCUCCCUCGAUCUUCUUCAAACGAACCAGCCUCCCCACAUGAAUAAUCAAAUAGAACUCUUCCCAGAACCAGCCUUAAGUUCAGUAAACUCCCCUUCAAAAUAAUAAUAAUUUUUAAAAAAGCAGCAGCCUUCUCUCUACCACAUUAUUACAAUAAUACAACUUUGGUAAUGUACAACCGUUAUCAAAACAUCGUUCCCUUUACCUUUUGUAAGUUCAAGUGAACGUUUUAAAAGUCGAUCCCGUGGAGGACCGGUUAUUUAACCAGUGUCAAACACUGAAGUAGGAACUCUGCUUUAAACAAGCUGAUCUUUAAAAAAAACAAAAAAAAAACAGCAAAUCCCAUUUUCACACACACAACCAGCGAGGAGCUCACCAUUGGAAACAUCUGCGCCAUAUGCCUUGUUAAAAAAAAAAAAAAAGCCCUUUUUUUUUCUCCACUGGAUAACACGUCCAGACAGCACUUCUUGUUAACGUACAAGCCGGCAAGGGCUAAAAUAUAGCUUGCAUUCCAAAAUACGCUCCACAAGUCUGUUACUCACGCUUUAGGAUCCACAAAUCAACCCUUGAUUUCAUGUGGCAUCCCACUUCAACAAAACAGUUCAAUCAAGACACAGGUGGCAUGUAGUCCACCUGUUACUAAUAUAUUUUGCAUGAUUCUAUUUAUUUUUGAUAUAUUUAAUUGUACUUUAGUUGUGCUUGAAUUGCAAACCUUUCAUCACUGUUUUUAAAUGUCUGCCAAACUGACUUAGUAGGAAGCCCCACAAGAAGCAUUUGCUGUGCUAUGAGUUUAACCCAUUGCUCAGUGUUUAAAUGCUUUCACACUGUGUGCAAAUUCAAUGGGUUUAGUCGGUAAUAAGCUAAUCUAGCACUUGUCCAAGCACAAAGCUCAAGCAAUAAUGUCUAGUUUGAUCAUGUGUGUAACGUUGGCUGGGUAAGAUAAUGUUUUUCUCACCCCCAUCCGUCCAAUUCCAGAUACGAGGAUAUACACUUGCUUUGGUAGUAGAAUCAGCGACUAAUAAUCAGCAGUAAAAUGAUUGUAAUUGACUUGAAACGCUAUGGUGCAUGUGUUCUUGAAUGUAGCCUUUCUAAUAUUGUAAUGUAUUUUGAAUUGACAAGUCUCAUAAUAUUAAUAAUAAUAAUGUUGGUAGCAUGAACAGCAAGUUACAGAAUAUUGGUUUUGGUUUAUACGUCAGUGUUUAAGACUUUUUUUUUUUUGUACUGUAGCUGAGAAAGGAAAAGUUGAAUUUCUUGACAUUUGAAGACUUUCCACUGAAAUUCAGAAUAUAUUUAAUACUAAACUGCACAGCUGAUUUGUUUCAACAAUUGAAACCAAAAAUAGAUAUUUCAAUAUGAUCAUUUAUCUGUGUUCUUCUGAACAAAGUCCUAAGUAAAUCACCACCAAUUUGUGUCUUAACGUGGGGAUUGGCCAACGCCUUGUCGUUGGAGAUCGGUCGCCUACCCAGCGCGUUUGGGGAAACUGCAAAAAAAA